AUGACAUUCGAAAACUUUCUGAGAGGCCCCACCGAGCCUCGCACGGUGCCCCAGGAGCCUCCUGUUGAGCAAUACAGAGCUGCGUCCAGCUACCUGGAUCUAUUCUCGCAGAAGGGCAAACUGGUGGUGGUGACUGGAGCUGCAGGAGCCAUCGGCGGAGCCAUCUGCGAAGGAUUUGCGUCUGCUGGAGCAGACUUGUGCCUGGUGGACUACAGAUACGACCAGGCCCUGGCAGAGAAUCUCAGUGCCAAGUACGGAAUCCAAGCAAAAGCGUACCAAGUAGACAUCACCAAGGCCCAAGACGUGCAGACGUGCGUGCGUGCCAUCCAGCAAGACUUUGAAGGCCGGGACAUCGACACUUUCAUAGCCAAUGCAGGGGUAGCGUGGACCCACGGCGGUAUCCUGAACGAAACAGCCACGCCCGAGGCGUGGCAACGAGUCAUGGACGUCAACGUCCAGGGGACGUUCCACUGCUCCAAAUACAUCGCGGAGGUUUUCAAGUUACAGGGACACGGGUGUUUGAUCCUCACAGCGUCGAUGUCGUCGCACAUUGCCAAUGUGCCCAAUUACCAAACCUGCUACAACGCUUCCAAAGCUGCCGUUAGACACAUGGCCCGCGGGUUUGCCGUGGAGUUUGCGCAUUUGACGGAGCCCGCGGGCCGCAUUCGCUGUAACUCUGUUUCCCCAGGCUACACUGACACGAUUUUGAGUUCUUUUGUGCCCACGGAGCAGAGAGCCCAAUGGUGGGGGUUAACCCCCCAAGGUCGUGAGGCCCUGCCUCAGGAGCUGGUGGGUGCGUAUUUGUACCUGGCGUCCGAUGCUGCGUCGUUUACCAAUGGAUGCGACAUAUCGGUGGAUGGUGGUUACACAUGUGUGUAG